GGCUGAGCUCUCCUAAAUCUUCAAAAUGAUUGACCAAGGCAGCUGAGGCUUCUGGGGGUUGAACUCCAAAAACCUUGAGAGGGGAACCCGAAAGGAUGAGUUUUAUUCACGGAAGGAAAUGGGGAGACAAUAUAGAAACUGCAGUGUUUUUCAAGCAUUACUCUACAUUUUCCUAUCUCUAUGGGCACGAGGGUCUUCUGUGUUAAGGAUCCAUACGGCGCUUCCGCCCGGACUUGGAGACGACUUCCGCCCUAGCUUUGGAAAGCACGUGACCCAGACCAGAAGCAAGAGUUCUAUACUUUGCUGGAAGAGAGUCUCUUCCACAAUGUCUGGAGGCUACUUCUAGGCUCUGUAAAGUGCAUGGUUUUCUUUCCAGUCUGUGGCCUACAACAUGCAGCGUCACAAUUUGCAGAUCCUGAGGGGACACAAAAUGCACCCACUCGCAGUGAGGACAUACUGUUCUCCAACCCCCAAGAGGCCUGAGGGCACCCCUGCUGUGGAAGUGGCCACUAGUUUUCUUCGCCGCUUGUCAGAAACCGGGAAGGUUUUGGGGAGAAGCUCGCUUCAGAAAAUCUCCGCAGUCAGCAAAAGUUGGUGGGACAAAUACGAAGAAUUUGUUGGACUCAAUGAAGUCCGAGAGGCCCAAGGGAACGUGACUGAGGGUGAAAAAAGAUUUAUGGUGGCUCGUGGGAUCGUGCGAGAAGCUCGUGAAACCUGGGAGGCCCAGCAGCUCAAACUGAAGGAAAUCCGAGACCGUUUGGACCGGGUUUCGCGUGAUGAUUCUCAGUAUCUGGAACUGGCAACUUUGGAGCACAGGUUACUGCAGGAAGAGAAGAGGUACCGAACCAGCUACAUUGCUGCGGAGGAGUCAGAGCGGGAAGCCUUCUCUCUCUUCUCUGCGGCUGUGCGAGAAAGCCACGAGAAAGAGCGAGCCAGAGCAGAGAAAACCAAGAACUGGUCCAUUAUUGGCUCAGUGCUGGGUGCCAUUAUUGGGGUGCUGGGCUCCACUUAUGUCAACCGCGUUCGGUUGCAAGAGCUGAAAGCACUCGUUUUUGAAGCCCAAAAGGGACCCAUAAACCUCCAGGAAGCCAUCCGAGAACAGGCUUCCAGCUACAAUUCCCAGCAGAGGGACCUAAGUGACCUCAUUGCCAACCUGAAGAAUGUCCUACAAGUCUUGAGUGUGACAUCACAGGAAAUGGAAGGCGCUUCCUUGGCCAAAAGCAGCGCACCACUAAAAAUAGACCCUCUCUUAGUUUCCAUCAAGGAGCAACUGAGCUACUCUAAACAAAUAAGCUCAUUCUUUGGGAGUUUGCAGCAGCAGCUUAGCAACCUGGAAAAAAGUGUAGGUCGAAUUACCACCGAGGUACAGAACGUAAAGAGUGCACCUCAGCUCACUCCUGCAGGGAAAGGACUGCCUAGCCUUCCAAGAGAGGAGACCAGCCAAGCCUUUGCAGCAGAAGAUGUGGUUCUCGAACUUUGCAACACGGAAAGGAGGCUGGGAGCACAAAUGAAGCAGAGUGCCUUCUAUAGCACAGCCUUCACUUGCACAGUGUUCGCUGUGACCCUCCCCGUGCUAUACCUCCUGCUCAAAGGAAAUUGAUAGGCACAAAAAUGAUUUGUUAGGCUCAAGUAAUAAAAUGACAUUCCCCAAAUUA